AACUCUCCCUCUUUCCUUCUCUCUUACACAAUCUCACACAUAUUAGAGGGUGUCUGCAAACUACAUGCAGACGUUCUGCAUUAAGUGUCAAACUAGCAAGAAGAAACCUCCUUCUCUCUGGACUUCAUGGAGCUCUUCAAAAAGAUGAAAUGAAUAGUGACUGGACACGUUUGAAAGCACAUGGAUAUGGCACACAUAGUGAAAACUCCACUCAGGAGGUCUUUUAGCGAGCAUGUGAAGGAUUCCACUAACAAGGCAUGGGAUAUCAUUUGGAAGAGCGCUCGAGAGAAACGGCUCUCAGAGAUUGAAGCAAAGGAGGCCUGUGAUUGGCUUUGUGCAGCUGGCUUUCCUCAGUACGCACAGUUUUUCACUGAUUGCUGUUUCCCCAUUGACAUAGACUGGGUGAAGAGUGAUCAUGCAUUUCUGGAUAAGGAUGCCAUAGAUUCUCUCUGCAGGAGAUUAGGCACCUUAAAUAAGUGUGCGAAGAUGAAGCUCGAGUUGAGCCGAUCCAAGAGACGGGCAGAUGAAGAGGUAGAAGAAGACCUCUAUGCUAUCAGCCCAAAAUGGUCAUUUGACAGAAAGAGCAGGCGUUGGAUCCGUGCGGAUGAUGGGGAGAUUCUACCAAUGAACAGCCCUAUCUCAAGUUUAAGGAGAUCAGGAAGCUGUGAGGCCUCUCUUUCUGACAGCGGGGAGGUGCAUGAGCUUAGUUCCACUCACAGCUCGAGUAAUGCAGACAGCGAUGGGGGAUGUACUCCCAACAAAACCACUGAGGAACUCGAGACAAGUCGUAGCUCUUCCAGAUGCUCCUCAAACUACAAGCCAACCCAAUCUCCUGAAACCUCUUCCAGCAGACCCCCGUCCCCAGGUGAGCAUCACACUUUAAGCGGUGAGGAGUACUUUCCUGAGAAGCCUCCAGUAAAAAAAGGCAAAAGUCUUCUGCGUAAGGUGGAGAAGCUCCGAUUAAGAGGAAAUACGCUACAGCCACACACUCAAAGUGGAAAGGCCAAAUUUGUCAUAAGUGGGCCAAUUAUGCAGGAAGACCUUGGUGAGGAAAGGCUGAAGCAUCUUCAGUGUCUAGACAUAGCGAGGCUCCAAGACAAAACUUGCAGUCCUGUGUCCUGCACACCACCUUCUGGAUCCAGUAGCAGUCCUUCGGAAAGCAGCAGUGCGGUCAGCACACCAAGCCCUGUCACCCGGGUGCGCAGCAACUGCAAACGGCCUUGGAUGCCCAAACAAGAAGACGGCCAGAACCAAAUCAAUGAGCAGGACUUGAACAACCAGCGCAAUCUUGACAUCAACCCUGUCUUCGAAAUUCCACACGGACACAAGCCUGGAACAUUCCCAACAGUGCUCACCCACAACAGUGCCUUCUCACCUAUCGACAACACUUCGGUCAACUGGAGGACAGGAAGCUUCCAUGGUUACCGAGGCAGACGGUGUAAAAGCAGUAUCUCCAAAGACCAGGAACAAGCCUGCAGCCCAUUAGCUACUUAUGAUCAUCGUACCAGCAUUUAUGACAAUGUCCCAGAUCAUGUGCAGAUUAUGGAUGACGACGUGUUCUCAGCUUUGGAUAGUGUGAUGGAACGCAUUUGUGGCCUGCAGCAGUUGGUUACCUCGUGGACAGACAAGUUGUCCGAAGAUGGGGAUUCUGAUUUCUACCACUCGGGUUCUCCUUCACCUUCCUCUCUGACUGACAUCCACCUUGAGAUCAAAGAGCCAGAGGAGACAGAUGAAGCUGCCCUAGAUGAGACUUACAACAAAAGCCCAGAAGUGUUUGCACACACUACUCAGCCUACAGAGCUUACUGAUCGAGUUCAGAGGUCCCACUGGUCCAGUGCACAGAUGCUUUCACUGAGUAAACCCAGCACAGGCAUAGAGGCCAAAUCAGCAGCACGUGUCUCAAUGCUGCAAAGACUGAGCCUCCUCAGGCUCACGGCUCUAAUGGACAAGCACUCACCCUUCAGCAAACAAGGCUGGAACUGGACAGUGCCUAAAGUCUACCGAAAGGUUACACCUUCAGAACACAAGAGCAGAAAGGUGUUCGGGGUGCCUUUGCUCCAGAGCGUCCAGCAAUCUGGGAAACCUUUGCCGCCAAGCAUUCUGAGAGCAGUGGAGUUCUUAAGGACCAAAUGUUUGGAUCAGGUUGGGCUCUUCCGAAAGUCUGGGGUCAAAUCCCGCAUUCAAAAUUUAAGGGACAUGGUGGAGGCCGACCCUGACAACGUGUCCUUUGAAAAUCAGUCAGCCUUUGAUGUGGCUGACAUGGUGAAGCAGUAUUUCAGAGACCUGCCUGAACCCAUCUUCUCCAGCAAACUGUGUGAAUGCUUCCUGCACAUCUACCAAUAUUUCCCCAAAGAUCAACAGUUUGCAGGGGUUCAAGCUGCCAUCUACCUCCUGACUGAUGAGAACAGGGAGGCCCUUCAGAGCCUCCUCCUCUUCCUGCAAGAGGUGGUUGCUUGCAAGGAGGAGAACCAGAUGACCCCAACCAACAUUGCUGUGUGCUUGGCGCCCUCCCUGUUCCACCUCAACUCUUUCAAAAGAGACAGAACCAGCAUGAGGUCUAGACAACGGAAAUACAGUUUGGGAAGACCUGAUCAGAGGGAUCUGAGCGAGAACCUGGCUGCAACACAGGGACUGGCGCAUAUGGUUAACGAAUGCUCUCACCUUUUCCAGAUCCCGAAAUACUGGGAAGCCCAGGGAGCAGGCAGCUUUACUGAAGAUUCACUGCAAAAUGAUGCAGGUCUAAGUUCUUUUUCUCACUUCCGAGAAAAUGAAUUUCCAGACUGUGCCAGACUGGCCCUGCUCACACAAAAACUUCUGAGGGAGGCCAGGGAGAAGUCUAAAGGCUGGACAUCCAGUUCAAGCUCUGAUCAUGUGGACGUGGCAUUUAAAAAGGUGGAGGAUGGUUAUCCAUUGCGGCUGUGGAAAGGAACGACAGAAGUGGAUGCUCCAUUACAGGAAGUCUUCCACCGUGUGUUAAGAGAACACGGUCAGUGGCAAAGAGACCUCUUGUACAGUGAGGUGGUGGAGACUCUGGACAAGGACGCAGAGGUGUAUCAUUAUAUACUGCAGGCUGCAGGAGCCAGGCCACCACUGCAGCAUGUGCUGCUAAGGACUUGGCAAUCAGAUUCUACGACAGGGUCUCUGUUCGUGUCCUCCACUUCUGUCGAACAUGCUUCUGUGGCUAUCCGAGGUGUGAGGGCUCAAGUUUUUUGCUGCUUUUUCCUAAUCGAGCCACUGGGGUCAAAGAAGUCACGAGUCACGCACCUCUGCCGGACAGACACAAGAGGCCGAUCUCCAGAAUGGCACCAUAAAGUAGGAGGACACCUAGUUUCAUCUGUGUUGAUGGCCAUGAAGGACUCCUUUAGACCCAAAACAAAAGACUCAAAAGCACAGUAAGGGCUCCAAAGAAUAAUUUGUCAAACCCUGGACAGCUUUAUAAUCCCUGAGGUAUCUGUCAGCUCAGAAUAAGGGAGCACAUACUGUAAAUGAAGUGAGUGAGCUCCAGAGCUGCAAGAUUAUGAAGAGAAAUCUUCUAAGUUGUUCCAGAAUCUCAGUACCGUGGAGAGUUACGGGACCAUUUUAAUGCAAAGACCAUUCAGCCUGGAGACAAGGAACAACAACAGUGUGAUGAGGUGUACCAGGAGAGCUGGUGCACUUGGCAUUAUCAAGACAGACAAGGGAGAGUGUCAGAGUAAUGAAAUGUCUCAUCCUAUUUAAAGGACUGUUUCAUGGGCUAAUGCAUAGCAGUGGUUGACUCCGACACUCAACUCUCACUGUUUUUAAGAAUUAAAAGAAGGACUGGUGGACACGAUUUGAAAUCCAGCUCUCUGAAGACUUGGCCCCUGAAUCACUGUUGUAUCACACUAUUGCAUUAUUUCAAACAUACUUCAAGACAUAGGGACACACGGAGACACGAUUAGCUUUGAGAGACAAUUCUCAUGUAUAGUAGCGAAUGUGACAUUGAUUCAAGCAGUCAUGAUUUUUUUUUAAUUUUAUUUGGUUGGAAGCUGCCACAUUUGUUUUAAUUUAUUUUAUAUUGUUAAAAUGAUUCUCUGAUCAAGCUAAGUGCCUCCAUCAGAGGAAUUAUGUGACAUAGCACAUUACAAAGCUCUGUGCUGUCAGACCCAAAUGCUACAACUGUAAUUUCUUAUUAUUUAGCAUUUUACUAUCAUACAGUUUUGGACUACAUGAUCAAAAAAGGAACGCCAUGUAUUUGAUUUCAUAAAAGGCAACUUAAAUAUACUAUUUUAUGAAGGUCAACUUUAUUAUAGCAAGGUCUAAUAUAACUUAAUUUGUUGUGAUGGUUUGUUGAUACUGUAUGUAUGUAACAGAUUUUAUUUAAAUAUAUCAUGAAAGUAAUAACACAA